GGAAUCCUAUGGUUUGGAGGGUCGGAUUCGGCAAAAGAUACCAGUCGCGAUAUGGCAAGAGGUGGUUGCAAUGAGGAACUAGUGGAUCUUCAGCUUGGCGUCCCGGCGGAGAGUACCACAGUCCGUCUGCGCAGCGGCUAUUUUCCCUGCACUCGGCGUGUGGUUCUCCAGGGAAAUCUCCUCUUCGUCUGUCGAGACGUAGGCUCCCGCGUUAUGGAUCCAGUGGAUCCGUCCAAGGUCGAAGAUGCCGUCCUACUGCAGGAGGUGCAGGUCCAAAGAAAUGGCCGGCAGUGCUCCCUGACCAUGGCAGGUGGGCGGCGCAUGUCCUUGACCUUCGCGGAAGAGGAGGUCGAAAAGUGGUACAGUCUGCUUUGCCGAGCCAGUGAUUUCAAUCGUUUUCACGACAAGGCGAUGGCUGGGAUCGUGACGCUCCUGCAGACGGCCAAGCAGGCUUUGGCUUCCGAGGAUGCCGAGGAGUUCUCAUCUCCGCAGCGGACGUUACAAGAGGGCGCCACACCUUGGGUCUUCACGGCCCGCAAGCGUGUAGCAGAGGAGCCCUUCAGUUCGCCCGUGGAAGCCAUGGAACCUGUGGCUGUAAGCAGCCUGUCGCAGGAUCAACCACCAGGAGCUGUACGGCGCCCCAGGAGCGCGCCCCGCAGCGGCGCUUUGCGAGGCAGCUACAAUGCUGGACAGCUGGCAGUUCUGACGGCUCCGCGGUCACCGAAGGCCUUGAACGCCAAACGCUUGGCACUGCAACAACUCAACUUGGAGGGUCAACUCACGGCCAGAGACCUGCCAAGUCUGCCCGGCAGAUGAGUUGUGGAGACCUGGAGACCUCCAAAGGGUUGAGGUUCUGGGAAGUCCGUGGCGGGCUGUGAUGAUCGGGUGACAGUCC